CUUCAUCAUUCCUUCCUUUCAAUUCUCUCAUUCUGCUAUGCCAAAGGCACACUCACAGCCAGUCAUUGUUGCUCCUGCGGGAGAGUCAUUGAUUCGACGAUCUACUCUCGCCACGGACAAGGUCAUUGACAAGCCCGCAGAUCAUGUAAAUACCCUCUACGACGUACUGCAAAACAGUGCAAAGAAAUUUGGAGACAAAGAAGCCAUCGGAUUCAGAUACGUUGAAGAUACCAUUGAAGAAGAGAAGGAGGUGGUUAAAAUCAUCAAUGGAGAGGAGCAUAAGGAAAUGAAGAAGUGGAAGUACUUUCAAAUGUCUCCUUUCCAAUAUGUGGGCUACAGAAAGAUGUCUGAAAUUGCCCACGAUAUUGGUGCAGGUCUUGUACAGCUUGGCCUAAAGCAAGGUUCCAAAUUGGAAAUCUUUGCGGCUACAAGUGCCGACUGGCUCUUUGUCGCCCACAGUGCCUUUACACAGAGCAUAGCUAUUGUGACGGCCUAUGAUACCCUAGGAGAGAGUGGUCUCCUGCACUCUAUGAAUGAAACAGAAGUUGAAGCCAUCUUCACGAAUGCAGACUUGCUUACCACUCUACUUAAAGUUCUGCCAGAAUGCCCAAGUCUCAAGCAUGUGAUAUAUUGCGGGGAAGCUAAGCCGGAAAUUGUGGAAAAGGUAAAAGCCCAGGUUGGCUCGAUCAUAAGUUUAAAGGAACUCAAGGCCCUCGGUAGACAAUAUCCCCGCCCUCCUGUCAAGCCCAAGGCAGAGGACAUUUGUUGCAUCAUGUAUACCUCUGGAAGUACCGGUAAUCCCAAAGGUGUUAUUCUAAAGCACGCCAAUUUGGUCGCUGCAAUUGGUGGUGUGGACAAGUUGCUUGGAAAAUGGAUUAAUGAGCAUGACAGUAUUAUGGCUUAUCUCCCACUUGCCCACGUACUGGAAUUCUUGGUUGAAAAUUUGUGUCUCUACUGGGGUGUCACACUUGGAUAUGGUACAGUUCGCACUUUGACCGACGCGUCCGUCCGAAACUGCAAAGGUGAUAUCAAGGAAUUCAGGCCCACUAUUCUCACGGGAGUGCCAACUGUAUGGGAAUCCAUUCGCAAAGGCAUUCUAAACACUAUCAAUAGCGGUUCCCCUGCCGUGCGAAAGGUGUUCGAACGUGCAUUCACUACAAAGGCUUGGCUGAUGGAGCGUGGACUACCUUCGCCAAUUCUAGACAAACUCAUCUUCAGUAAGAUCAAGGAACAAGUUGGCGGCCGUCUACGAUUUGGACUUUCUGGUGGUGCUCCCAUUUCCUUGGAGACGCAAAAGUUCCUCAGUGUAUGCCUCGCUCCCAUCUUGGGAGGUUACGGUAUGACGGAGUCAGUAGGAAUGUGCUGCAUCAUGACGCCAGAAAACUUUCACUAUGGUCGAGUGGGCGCUCCAGUUCCAUGCUGUGAGAUCAAGCUUGUUGACGUUCCCGAUACUGAUUACAAAAGCACAAACAAACCCAAGCCUCAAGGUGAAGUGUGGGUACGCGGACCUUCCAUCACAUCAGGAUAUUGGAAGCGUGACGAUGUUACGGCAGAGACUAUUAUGAAGGAUGGUUGGUUGAGGACCGGCGAUGUUGGUGAACUGAACAAGGAUGGAACACUUACCAUCAUUGACCGCGCAAAGAACCUUGUGAAAUUGUCAAAUGGCGAAUACAUUGCAUUGGAGAAAUUGGAAAGUAUUUACAAGUCUUGUUUGGUGGUGAACAACCUCUGCGUGUACGGAGAUUCUCUCAGACCCAAGCCAGUUGCUAUCAUUGUCCCUGUUGAACCACGGAUCAAGGAACUGGCGGAACAAUUUGAAAUUGAAGGCGAUUUGGAGCAGCUGUGUAAAUCAGAUAUCAUUCGAAAGGAGGUUCUGCGAUUGUUGUUAGAGCAAGCCAAAGUGGGUGGCCUCAAAGGCUCGGAGCUGUUGCAUGACAUUCACUUGAGCCAUGAGGAAUGGACGCCAGAAAACGGAUUUUUGACCGCCGCCCAAAAGCUCAAGCGUAACGAUAUCAACAAGUAUUAUAAGAUGCAACUGGACGCAAUGAAUGCGUCUCAAAAGCUGUAAUGGUUGUUAAACCAACAUUCUUAUCAGCCCAUAUUUCUUAUAAUCAAAACCAAAACUGCAUCAGAUUAUUAUUGCUAGAAAGGAAGGUGUAUUUUUACUAAUGUUUCUCAACCUGUUUUUUUCCUUCUUAUUUUGCUUCCGUUAAUGUUUUUCUUUUUACUUUUCAUAUGCCAUUCAUCUUUCGAGGUUAUUAAAAUACUAAAGAGAGAGAAAAACAGUCCCCUUUGCGCGUAAACUACGUCCCUUGUUUUUUGUGUACCCGUCCAUUUGUAGGCUAUUGAAGCAAUGACUGGGCUCUAUCUUUUGACAGCUUAGUUAAAUACG